GGAUGGGUAUGUGGAAAUAAAAGAAGGAACUCUACCCUGAUCAUGGAUUUUGGAAAAAGAUUCCUCAACACACAACGGAAAAAAUAAAGUGGUGGCUCGUCCUCAGGAAUGAUGUCUUUUUGCCACAAUAGAAUUAAUAUUUCCUGUGUGAAAAGCAGCUGGUCAAAUGAUGUCCGUGCUUCCCUGUACAGUUUAAUGGUGCUCAUAAUUCUGACCACACUGGUCGGCAAUCUGAUAGUUAUUAUUUCCAUAGCGCACUUCAAGCAACUUCAUACCCCAACUAAUUGGCUCAUUUAUUCCAUGGCCACUGUGGACUUUCUGCUGGGGUGCCUGGUCAUGCCUUAUAGCAUGGUGAGAUCUGUGGAGCACUGCUGGUAUUUUGGAGAAGCCUUCUGUAAAAUUCACACCAGCACUGACAUUAUGCUGAGCUCAGCAUCUAUUUUCCACUUGUCUUUCAUUUCCAUUGACCGCUACUAUGCUGUGUGUGACCCACUGAGAUACAAAGCCAAGAUCAGUAUCUUGGUUAUAUUUGUGAUGAUCUUCAUUAGUUGGAGUGUCCCUGCUCUUUUUGCAUUUGGAAUGAUCUUUCUGGAGCUAAACUUCAAAGGAGCUGAAGAGAUAUAUUGCAAACACAUUCACUGCAUAGGGGGUUGCUCUGUCUUCUUUAGUAAAUCAUCUGGGGUACUGGCCUUUAUGACUUCUUUCUAUGUACCUGGAUCUAUUAUGUUGUGCAUCUAUUACAGAAUAUAUUUUAUAGCUAAAGGGCAGGCAAGAUCAAUUAAUGGUGUGAAUCAGAAGCUUCAGAUUGGAUUGGAAGAGAAAAAUGGAAGCAAAGAAAGGAAAGCUGCAAAGACACUAGGGGUUGUGAUCGGAGUUUUCCUGAUAUGCUGGUGUCCUUUCUUUGUCUGCAUGGUCAUGGAUCCUUUUCUGGGCUAUAAUAUUCCACCCACCCUGAAUGAUGCUUUGAUUUGGUUUGGCUACUUGAACUCUACUUUUAAUCCUAUGGUUUAUGCAUUCUUCUAUCCCUGGUUCAGAAGAGCACUGAAGAUGAUUCUAUUUGGUAAGAUUUUCAAAAGAGGUUCAUCUCAGUGUAAGUUAUUUUUAGAAUCAAAUCCAUAGAAUUAUUAUACUUUCCUGUUUUUCACAACAGCUGGUGAUCAUAUUUAUGAACACAAUGUAAUCAA